UGAGCUUGUAGUUUGACGCCUAUUAAUAAAUUGAGUCGUUUUCUCAUUGCGUAUCUCAUCGAACACAAAAAGAAAAUGAAGCUCUUCACUCUCACCAGCUUCAUCUUCUUCUUCUACUUCACAUUUCUCCUUCUCCUCAGCCAUGGAGACUCAGCAACUGAGUCAUCUAGACCUCCAUUUGCCUGCGACACCGCGAACCCAAUAACCAAAACAUUACCAUUCUGCAACAUGCAAUUGCCCAUCACCAUGAGAGUGUGGGACCUCAUCUCUCGCCUCACUCUCGACGAGAAGAUCGACCAGCUCGUCAACACCGCCGCCGCGAUUCCCCGCCUCGGCAUUCCGGCGUACGAGUGGUGGCAAGAAGCCCUGCACGGCGUCUCCAGCGCCGGUCCCGGAAUCCGAUUCAACGGCACCAUCAAUGCCACCACCAGCUUCCCUCAAGUCAUUCUCACUGCUGCAACCUUCGAUUACCCUCUUUGGUACCGUAUUGCCAAGGUAAUUGGGAUUGAAGCUAGAGGAGUGUACAAUAGUGGACAAGCAAAGGGAAUGACAUAUUGGUCACCGAAUGUUAACCUAUAUAGGGAUCCAAGAUGGGGAAGAGGGCAAGAGACUCCUGGAGAAGAUCCAUUUGUAGCAGGCAAGUAUGCAGAGGCUUUCGUCAAAGGUCUUCAAGGAGACUCUCUUGAAGGAGGAAUGCUUGGUGAACAGCUUCAAGCUUCGGCUUGUUGCAAGCAUUUGACUGCUUAUGAUCUGGAGAAUUGGAAUGGUGUUAUUCGCCAAAACUUUAAUGCCAAGGUGACGCAGCAAGAUUUGGCAGACACAUUCCAGCCACCGUUCAAGGCUUGUGUUGAAAAAGGCAAAGCCACUUGCGUAAUGUGUGCUUUCAACAGCGUCAAUGGGGUCCCUGACUGUGUAAAUACCGAUCUCUUAACCAAUGUUGCCAGAAAACAAUGGAAUCUCCAAGGGUACAUCGCGUCUGAUUGUGAUUCGGUCUCCCUCCUCUAUGAUACCCAGGAAUAUGCUCAAUCACCCGAAGAUGCAGUUGCUGAUGCUCUUAAUGCAGGCAUGGAUUUGGAUUGUGGUACAUACGUGAAGGAUCACGGCAAAAAGGCAGUUGAGCAGAAGAAACUUGCUGUUGGUCAAAUAGACAGAGCACUUAUCAAUCUUUUUACUAUUAGAAUGAGAUUAGGCCUAUUUGAUGGUGAUCCGACCACAAGGCCUUAUGGUGAAAUUGGUGCGGACCAAGUUUGUUCCCAAGACCAUCAGAACCUAGCCAUUGAUGUUGCAAGAAAUGGCAUGGUCCUUCUAAAGAAUUCCGAAAAGCUCCUUCCAUUGCCAAAAGAGAACAUUUCGCUUGCUGUGAUUGGCCCAAAUGCAUAUGAUUGGGUGGUAUCUCUUGGAGACUAUGCACAACCUCCUUGUGUAGAUUUUACCCCAUUACAGGCAUUCCAGUCUUAUGUCAAUGACACAGUUUAUCAUAAAGGCUGCGAUUCGGUCAAUUGCACGGUGGCAAAAAUUGAUGAAGUUGUUGAGAUUGCAAAGAAAGUUGAUUAUGUCGUUUUGGUUAUGGGAUUGGACCAGAGUAUAGAGACCGAGCAACUAGAUCGAGUAGACUUGGUGCUUCCUGGAAAGCAACAGGAACUUAUAGACAGCGUUGCCAAUGCUGCCAAGAAACCAGUUGUUCUUGUGCUUCUUACUGGUGGUCCAGUUGAUAUAACGUCAGCUAAGAAUAAUCCCAAAAUCGGAGGCAUACUGUGGGCUGGUUAUCCUGGUGGUGGUGGUUCUAUUGCAAUUGCAAAUAUUAUCUUUGGUGAUCACAACCCAGGUGGAAGACUGCCAGUCACUUGGUAUCCACAGAGUUACACUAAAUAUCCACUGACAGACAUGAGAAUGAGACCUGAGCCAAUUUCAGGCUACCCUGGACGAACUUACAGAUUCUACAGAGGACCCAAAGUUUAUGAAUUUGGUUAUGGAUUAAGCUACUCGACCUAUUCUUAUGAGAUUAUAUCUGUGACACAGAAUAAGUUCAAUUUUAGUGUACCAUUUUCUGUGAAGAAGUUUGAGAAAUUAGACUCUGCUCCUUAUUGGGUUGUUUCAGAUUUGGGUGAAGAUAUAUGCAAAGCAAUGUCUUUCACAAUCACUGUUGGAGUUACAAAUCAUGGAGAUAUGGCUGGUAAGCACUCGGUACUUGUUUUCGUGAGGAAGGAGAAUCCAAGAAACGGUGAUCCAAUCAAGCAGUUGGCAGGAUUUGCAAGUGUGAACAUUAAUGCAGGAGAAAAAGUUGAAGUUGAAUUGGAGUUGAAUCCUUGUGAGCGGUUUAGCAGUGCCAAUGAAGAAGGUCAAAUUGUUCUUGAAGAAGGCCCUUAUGUCUUGCUUGUAGAAGAUUUACAGUACCAUAUCAAUGUUCCAGUCUAAUUUUUGAUUUUUUUGGGUCAUGGUUUAGGAUUGUUAUUAUUAUUAUUAUUUUUUUAAUCAUUGUUUAGGAUUUUUUUAGCAUAUUGUUAGGAUUAGAUCAUUCUUUUGUUUUAGGAUAUUAUUUUGGAUUGGUUAUCGAAGGCAGCCAAUUGGCCAUGAAACUAUGUUUUAUUUUCUCUCUGUGACUAGAUAUAAUAAGAAGCAAUUCUACAAAAGAAUAUUGUUCUAGAAUCCAGCCUCAUAGACUUUGU